UGCCCACAGGGGAGAGCGAGAAAAACAUAUACGCUUGAAGAAGGGUGAUGAAAAUCGGACGUGAAUUGUGAAUUUUAUUUGCUGUAGCCAAGAAAAAACGCGAACAUUUUAUAGCGCACACAUUUUCUUUUAAUUUUCAUUUGGUUUUACAUAAAAAAGGCCAAAAACUGUAAAAAUAUUUACAUAUUUAGUUGGUGUAACAUUAGAGUAAAGAAAAAUUUCACAAAUUAAUCAAGUACCACUAAAAACAAAUCAAUUACACCAGAGACAAUUGAAUCGAGAAAAGUGAAGUGGCAUAAGAAGAAACGACGGGCGCCGCCAUUCGCGGAAGCACCAUUAAAGCACGGCUAAAAACAUUUGAAAAUUAAAAGUUCUCGAAAUUUCCAGGAAAGGAAUAUGAAAUGGGCAAUGCCUUCUGCCAUAAGCGGUACCGGACACGGCUCAGGCGCCGUUAGUCACAACGUGAAUAUACCCAACAAUGAGGAGUGCGGUAUACGCGACGUUUGGAAGCAUAAUUUAGAGGAAGAAUUUCGUACAAUUCGCAAAGUCGUGCAAAAGUAUAAUUAUGUGGCGAUGGACACUGAAUUUCCAGGCGUUGUAGCGCGUCCUGUUGGUGAAUUUCGUUCCACCGCUGAUUACCACUAUCAGCUGCUGCGUUGUAAUGUUGAUCUGCUGCGCAUCAUACAGCUUGGACUGACGUUCAUGGAUGAAGAAGGCAAAACACCGCCUGGUUACUCAACAUGGCAAUUUAAUUUUAAAUUUAAUUUAAGUGAGGACAUGUACGCGCAAGACUCAAUUGAUUUGCUGCAAAACUCCGGCAUACAAUUCAAAAAACAUGAAGAGGAUGGUAUUGAUCCACUCGAUUUCGCCGAAUUGCUAAUGUCUUCGGGAAUUGUGCUUGUCGAUAAUAUUAAAUGGCUGUGUUUUCAUUCAGGCUACGAUUUUGGUUAUUUACUCAAAUUAUUAACCGAUCAGAAUCUACCCUCAGAUGAGAGUGAAUUUUUCGAAUUGUUACGCAUCUAUUUUCCCAACAUUUACGAUAUUAAAUAUUUGAUGAAAUCGUGUAAGAAUUUGAAAGGUGGCCUACAAGAGGUGGCCGAUCAAUUGGAAUUGCGACGUGUCGGGCCACAACAUCAGGCCGGUUCUGAUGCGCUGCUCACCGGAAUGGCAUUCUUCAAAAUGCGUGAGAUGUUCUUUGAGGAUAAUAUUGACAAUGCCAAAUACUGCGGACAUCUCUAUGGACUUGGCACAUCAUUUAUAGUAAAUGGUUCCAACUUCCACGACAGUAACGGCGAGAGCAACAAUGCAACGUGAUUCGUUUUCAUUGAACGGACGGUGAAUAAGGCGAACUGAUUAAAAAGUAGGAUUCCAAACGUCGUGCAGAAGAUGUUAGAUGUUUUUUUUUAUUAUUCUAAACAAACAACAGCAACAAAAAAUAAAAACACAGUAAGGCAAUUAAGUAGGCAAACUAACUGGUUAAGAGAGAAAUUUAAGCAAUUCUUAAACAAACAAACAAAAAAAAACAGCAAACGGCUUAAGAAUAAAUUGUUGUAAACAAGGAGGGCGAACAAAAAACAAAAAUUUAUACUCAUACACACACACACAAUAAACAUAGACAGUGCAGAGAAAAUAAACACGCAAUAAAAACUAAUUUCAUCUAAGCAAACUAAGCAAUGCAUCCUGCACACUGCAGCCAUCAGGCGGGGCGAGACAAAAGCCCCGAAAACUUGUUAGAUGAUCACUUAGUAGCAUAACAGAAACAAAAUUGAAGAGAAAUCAAACAAAAUGGCACUAAUUUAUUUACAAAAUAUUAUGUUUAAUCAAUGAUUAUACGAAAAAAUUCGGGUACACAUACACAAUGGUGCACUUUGUAAAA